AUGAAGGUGAUGAUGAUGAUCAAACUGUUCGUAACCGCCAUUGCCAUCGCCGUUGCGUUAACCAUCGCGAUUUCGACGACGAAAAACAUCGACAGUAGCGUCGUCGUCGUCGAAGGGGACACGGCGGCGGCGGCAGUUGUGCCGCCGUCAAGAAGAGUGAGUCGUUUCCUGGCGGAGGAUAAGAAUGCGAGAGCGGCGGAUCACUGCAAGAACGACGACGAGAUCUGCUACGUAGUGGAAGGGAAGAACUCCACUUGCUGCAACAACAAAUGCAUGGACUUGGGCUACGAUCGACACAACUGCGGCGCGUGCAAGAACAAAUGCAAGUUUACCACCACUUGUUGCAGAGGUGAGUGCGUGAAUAGAGUCCCCUCCAUUAAUGGCGUAUGGAACUCACAACAAAUGCAAGUUUACCACUGCGACACUUGCAAUAGCCCCUGCAAGCAUUGGAGCAAAGGAGAAGGCGGGAACCAUGUGAAAUUACGUGACUAUCCCUGUGUUUUACGGCCAGUUAACGGACUCAUUAACGGAGGACUAAAUUAG